AAUAGAGAGCCGGAACCCACGAGCCUGAUUUAUAAUCAUUUUAACAAUGGGAUCGUUCGUCAGUAGAUCUCCUCCAGCCAAUAUGAGUGGUCCAAUUGCUGAUUUCGUGAAAAAUGCCAUCGCCAAAGACAAGGUGGUAAUAUUUUCCAAAACUUAUUGCCCGUACUGCACAAUGGCCAAAGAGCCUUUCAAGAAACUCAAUCAGCCAUUCACCUGUUAUGAGCUGGACCAGCGGAAUGAUGCUGAUGAAAUCCAAUCGGUUCUCGGCAGUUUGACUGGAGCAAGAACAGUGCCUAGAGUGUUCAUCAAUGGGAAUUUCGUCGGCGGGGGAACCGACAUUAAGAAGAUGUACUCUGACGGACGACUAGAAAAGCUGUUGACCUAACUGAUGGCCCAAAAGUUAUUUGCAUAAUUACUUAUUCGAUAUCAAAUGUUAUUUUGAAGAUGCCACGCAUCACAUCAUAUUUUUCUUAUAUUCCUUUAUAAAAUCUUUGAGUACAAUAGU